GAAGCAACUGAGUGGUCUGACUGACGCUUCUAGGGCUUCAGUAUUUCAGAGGAGGCUUAAGAGAAGAGAGAUGUUCAGUGUGUGCUAAUAAACUGAUAUUUUCUGUUGGUGAUUAAGCCAGGAAAGAAGGGAAGAAAAACACACUUUUGUAUAUAGGAGCCAACUAAGAGAUCUCUGGAGUUCCAUAUUUCACAUCUGACAUGAUGAUUAAAUCAUUCACUGACAUUUUGGCUGCUAUGGGAUAUGUGAUCAAUACAGAGAGAGAAAAUUUUUCAUUGAAAUUUAUAAUGGAACUGCUUGGAACUGGAGUGCUCAUAAUAACUGUAUUUUCCUAUUGCAGAGAAAUACACAAGAAACUGGAACUCAGGAAAGAAAAUGAACAACUCACGAGAGAAAAUGCACAACUCAUGAGAGAAAAUGAACAAUGCACCAAGGAAAAUGAACAACUCAAGAGGGAAAUUGAGAGGAAGAAGGCUCAAUUCAAGUCUGCAUGGAGGGAAAUACCAUUAUAUGCUGACUGGAGGAAAGAAGAGUUUGAGACCGUAAAUCUGACUCUGGAUGCAGCCACUGCCCAUCCUGCCCUCUUCCUGUCUGAAGAGGGGAGAAGAGUAACCUGGCAAGAACCAUCUCAGGAGCUUCCCAGCUGCUCACAGAGAUUUGUCUCCCUUCCCUGUGUGCUUGGUCAGCUGCAUGUCAGCUCAGGGAGAUACUUCUGGGAGGUGGAGGUGCAGAACGCACAUUCCUGGGACCUGGGAGUUUGUAGGAAUAAUGUAGCAAGGAAUGGGAGGGUCACAAUGUCACCACAGAAUGGUUUCUGGGCCAUUAGGCUCUAUGAAGGGGAGUACUGGUGCCUCACAUCCCCAGAAACUUCUCUUACUCUAAAAGAAAAACCCUGUAGUGUGGGAGUAUUCCUGGAUUAUGAGGCUGGAGAUGUAUCUUUCUAUAACAUGACAGAUGGAUCCCACAUAUUCACAUUUUCCAAACAAACAUUUUAUGGUGUCCUAAGACCACUUUUUAGACUUUGGUCCUCUGACUCAGGCCCUCUGAUCAUUGUCCAGAUGCAGGAGAACACAAUGAGGCUGUAAUUCAUAUGCCUAACCUUCCACGAUGAUUAUAAUUCUUCCCACUAGACACAAAUUUAUAUUUUUCUUCCUCCUUUACUGAUUUAUUCUAAGUUGAAGCUCUGAUACACAGACUGAUGGUUGUCUCCCAUAUUACUUCUCCCUUCUUCCUAAGUUAUAGGUCCCUCUUCUUCUCACUCUGCCUAUGACAGCCUAGUACAAAGAUUAGAUUUCCUCACAUCCCCUGCUGAAUGUGACUAAAUUAUGACCAGUGCAUUUUGAGAUGAAUUAUCCUGUAUGAUUCUUUGGAAAAGACCCUGAUCCUGGGAAAGAUUGAGGGCAGAAGGCAAUGAGGUUGACAGAGGAUGAGGUGGUUGGAUGGCAUCACCAAUUCAAUGGACAUGAACUUGGGCAAACUCUGGCAGAUGGUGAGGGACAAGGAAGCCUGGUGUGCUGCAGUCUGAGGGGUUGCAAAAAGUUGGAUACGACUUGUCGACUCAACAACAACAUUCAGUAUGAUCUCUGGAAUGUGUUCUUAAAGGAAAAUUAUGUGAUUUUCUUCUUUUCUCUAACUAUUUGGAUGGCCAGAAUGUGGCAUGAUGGAUGGAUCUCUAAGAACACCUCUGAUCAUAUAAUAUGAUACAGACAGAAAAGAAGAUAUUAAUAGAAUAAAUCUAGAGCUUUGACAGCUUUAUGAGACUACUAUAUUCUCACUUUCUGAAUUACUUCCAGGAAGAAAUAAACUUUAUAUCUUUAAA